AUGUCGCUGCCGUGGUGCGCGCUGCGCUGGGUCUGGUUCCCGGCCCGGGUGGGCCCCGCGCUGCGGCCGGGCCGGGGGCCGGGGCCUCGGCUGCUGGGCCGGGCUGCCGCUGGGGCCUGGUCCUCCUCCUCUUCCUCGUCGUCCUCGGGCGGCUCCAAGGCUCCGAACACGUCCCUCUACGUCCCGCUGCCCGUGAAGCCGCUCGGACCCAGCGCCGCGGGGGACGUGGGGGCCGAGCUUACGCGGCCGCUCAACAAAGCUGAAGUCAGGAAAGUCUUAGACAGAUUUUACAAGAGGAAAGAAAUACAGAAACUGGGCACCGAUUAUGGUCUGGACGCCCGACUUUUCCACCAAGCUUUCAUCAGUUUUAGAAAUUAUAUCUUACAGUCUCAGUCCUUGGACGUGGACAUCCACAUCACACUGAAUGAUAUCUGCUUCAGUGCAGCUCACGUGGAUGAUCUUUUCCCAUUUUUCAUGAGACAUGCAAAGCAGAUGUUCCCCAUGCUGGCUUGUAAGGAUGAUCUCCGUAAAAUCAGCGACCUACGCCUUCCACCCAACUGGUACCCAGAAGCCAGAUCAUUUCGGCGGAAGGUAGUGUUCCAUGCUGGCCCCACCAACAGCGGCAAAACCUACCAUGCCAUCCAGAGCUACUUGGCUGCCAAGUCGGGGGUUUACUGUGGCCCUUUGAAGCUGCUGGCCCACGAGAUCUUCGAAAAGAGUAAUGAUGCUGGUGUGUCAUGUGACUUGGUGACGGGGGAAGAACGGGUGAUGGCAGACCCAGAUGGAAAGCCAGCCGCCCACGUUGCUUGCACUGUUGAGAUGUGCAGCGUCACGUCCCCUUAUGACGUGGCCGUGAUCGAUGAAAUUCAGAUGAUUAAAGAUCCAGCUAGAGGAUGGGCCUGGACCAGAGCACUCCUGGGACUCUGUGCACAAGAAAUCCAUCUGUGUGGAGAAGCUGCUGCUAUUGAUAUCGUGACGGAGCUGAUGUACACCACGGGAGAGGAAGUGGAGGUUCGAAACUACGAGAGGCUGACCCCCAUCAUCGUAUUGGAUCGGGCUCUCGAGUCCCUAGAUAACCUUCGCCCUGGGGACUGCAUUGUCUGUUUUAGCAAGAAUGACAUUUACUCCGUGAGUCGUCAGAUUGAGAUUCGGGGCCUGGAGUCGGCUGUCAUCUAUGGCAGUCUGCCCCCUGGGACAAAGCUUGCCCAGGCGAAAAAGUUUAAUGAUCCUGAUGAUCCGUGCAAAAUCCUGGUGGCUACCGAUGCAAUUGGCAUGGGGCUGAACUUGAGCAUAAAAAGAAUUAUUUUUAACUCUCUCAUAAAGCCCAGUAUCAAUGAGAAGGGGGAGAAGGAAAUGGAGCCGAUCAGCACCUCGCAGGCUUUGCAGAUCUCGGGCAGAGCUGGCAGAUUCAGCUCCAAGUUUAAAGAAGGGGAGGUUACUACCAUGUAUCCGGAAGACUUGAAAUUACUGAAAGAGAUUCUGAAUAAGCCUGUGGAGCCUAUAGGGGCAGCUGGCCUUCAUCCUACUGCUGACCAGAUUGAAAUGUUUGCAUACCAUCUCCCAGAUACGACUCUCGCCAAUCUUAUCGAUAUCUUUGUGGACUUCUCCCAGGUUGACGGGCAGUAUUUUGUCUGCAACAUGGAUGAUUUCAAGUUCUCAGCAGACCUCAUCCAGCACAUCCCCCUGAGCCUGCGGGUGAGGUACGUGUUCUGCACGGCCCCCAUCAACAAGAAGCAGCCGUUUGUCUGCUCUUCCCUGUUACAGUUUGCGAGGCAGUUCAGUCGGAAUGAGCCACUGACGUUUGCCUGGAUACGCCGAUACACCAGGUGGCCCUUACAGCCACCGAAAAACAUCAAGGACCUCGUGGAACUGGAAGCCGUCCACGACGUUCUGGAUCUCUACCUGUGGCUCAGCUACCGGUUUGUGGACAUGUUCCCUGAUGCCAGCCUCGUCCGAGACCUCCAGAAAGAACUCGAUGGCAUCAUUCAGAAGGGUGUGCACAACAUCACCACGCUGAUUCGCAUGUCUGAGGCCCAGCGUAUGUUGAACUUGGACAGUUCCCCAGCAGGGAAGCAGGGCCAGCUGCCGGGGGCUGCAAAGCCCAGCUCGGGAGAAGCCGUGGAGGCCGCCAUGGCCGAGAGUCUGGCUUCAAAGUCCCUGGCCUCGAAGUUGGUGCGCCAAGGGCGGCUCACCCCGCACAUGCUGAAGCAGCUGCGGAAAGAGUGGCUGAAGCAGCAGACGGAGGAGGAGAGGGCCAGGGCCGAGGACGGCAGCCACUCAGAGAGGACGAGGAGGAAGAAAAACAACCCAAAAGCUCACUAGAUUUUUAGUACAAAAUAAAAACAGCGUCUGUUUUGAAAGCCUUUUCUGGUUCGAUUUUGAUACUGGCUGCUCUCCCUUCCGGGUGGGCCCCGCCUGCGGACAGAGGUCACAGGGCCCCUCCACGCCACGUUGUCUUGGACCAUGAGAUUUGUCCUGAGUAACAGGAAUGUGUGGUAUGUAUGUCACUGGCUCUGUCUUUAGACCAUCGUAUGAGUUGUUCUCUCGUCACACAAAUCUGCCCAGGUUUCCCCGAAACCUUCCCUUUCGUCCUCGCUUCCGGCACAGCGACGUUCUGUUAUGUUCUUAGACCACCAUUUGUUCACUGUUCCCCGAUGGAUGGGCACCCCCUUCUUGUCCAGUUUUUUGCUACUACAAAAAGAGCUGCUAUAAAUAUUUUUGUACCUAUGGA